CGCAGACAGACCUCGAGAACGUUCGAAGGCAACGUGCUUCGAUCUCAACCGAUGAUGAGCGAGCAGCAGGAACCAUUAGGGCUGUUCGCCGGAUGGCAGGACUUGGCCACCAGUGCCCUCACAUGGGCCACUUCGUCAGAUGCUCCAACACCGCCGUCUCUGUCGCCCCAAGGAGGCCUUCUCCUUUCCCUGUUGAGCGGCCAGCCCCGAGCUUUGGCCCUGCUGCUGGUGGGACUCGUCUACACAGCUCUUCUGCCUGUAGCUGCGGUCGCCCUGCUUGCCUACCGACGGCGAUUCAACAGCCGAUCGCAGGACAUCACCCAGCUGUACAAUGUCGCCUGGUACGCGUACUGCUUCGGGCUGGCGUUCGUAGUCGCCUCAGGUAUGGUGACGGCCCUAGCACUAAUCUUCAGCCGCGCGGACUUCAAUGCCGCGUACAGAUCGGCUCCCGAAGAAUGGCAAAGAAACUUCGCUCAACUACAGCGGUUCGUCAAUAACACCGGGCGGGAGCUGUCGAAUUCGGCGAAGCAGAGGGUGGCUGGCCGUCUGCGUGACGCGACUGAUCUUUUGGACUCAAACUUCACGCAUUAUUUUGAACAGACCCUGGCUGACGCGAUUGCAAACGAUCUCAACGCGACGGCUAACUGCUCGAUCGGUGUAAGAGCAAUAGGACGUAAUCUACAGCACCAAGGUCUUAAUGAUUUAGGUCGUGCACUAGUGGCUGCUGCCGAUUGGUGCACCCGUCUCGAACAGAAGAGAGACUCUCUUUUGCACGCUGCAGCGGAGAAAGUGGAAAAAUUGACGAAACAACAGCGCCAGCGAUCGCUGGCGAGAAUUCGAGGCGAGACAGCGCCAUCGGAUACUUAUUUAUCCGAUGUGGAGACAGCGUUAAAAGGCCUAGAUCGAGCAAAGCAAAGGGUCCUGGCGGUCCUGCCUUCACCGCAGAAUGGUCUUCUGGACCUCUUGGCUUACGCUGGCCUUAAUUAUGUGAACCUGCUCACCCUGUUUGACUUGGUAAUCCUAGCAUUGCUGGCAGCAGCCACUUUAGUUGGAGUGGCGACAAGAAGGGACACAGAGCCGCCCACCGAACGCGGGGCAAUUUCUCACGGCGCGGGAAGAGUGCUCACAGGCAGCGCAACGUUUAUGAUUAUAUUCUGUUUCCUCGCAACACCAAUGAUCCUUGGCAUCUUAAUUCUUGAUGUUGGCCUGCAGUGCCAUGUGUGUAUUCCCUACCGAGAGCAAGACUGGAAGACGAUAGACAAGUUAACCGUCGCACUGUGGCCUCUCGCAGAACGAGGCAACACAUUCAAGGAGCUGACGCCCAGUUUACUUUUCAGUAGAUGCGCCGCGGACGACGACUCCCUGCUGUUCACGGCCCCACCUCUUGUACAAUUACCAGUGCUUUCUCAGUCACUGGAUGCCAUGAAUGUCGACGACUCUAAAGCGGAAGAGAAAGUUCACCCACCCCCGGAAGAACUUCGAAGCUUACUACAGAGUAGUUUAACUCAUUCGUGGCUUCCCCUUUCAUUGAGACUACAGGCGAAGAAUCUUCUGUCCCAUCUCUCGGAUGCCGAGACGGCUGCGCGUGAGGCGCCACGAGCAAUCCAGGGAAUCCUCCGGUCCAUGACAGGAAAAUAUUAUGGGAACUACCUGGCAAACGUGACGCGUCGCCUUCUAGGUGGACCCCGUGUUGCGCAUCAACUGAAGGCUUCACCAGGAUUUGGUUCAUGCAAACCCUUAUAUAAUGGGUUCAUGUCAGCACUGGCCUCACUGUGUGGACCUUUACAGCGUGGACUAACGGGCUACUGGUUCGCCCUGUCCCUUGACAUCCUCCGGUACACGGCUGGGGUUAUAGUAUGUCUCGGAGCAUCAAAAUACCUGCUUCGAAUGAAGUCGUACAGCUACGAAGGUCAAGUUGUCGAAGACGUGCGGGAUGACACACCGCCAGUGCCUCGUCAGAUGUGGGCGAAGAGGCUCAGAAAGCAGCCGCAACGUUCAAAGUCACAGAAGGUCUCCAAGAUCAUAGACCAAUCUGCUGGAGAUUUGUGUCGGCUAUGGCCACCUCCUGGAAGGGGUCUUGCGGCAAAAACACAGCUUCCGGUGUUUUCUUCUGGCAGGUUCAUGAGUCCACCAGGCUCUGAUCUGAAGCGCCGUCACAACGACGGCUGGGACAGUCCGCCGCUAAGGGCUCCGAAAACAUUACGUCAUAGUCCGACGCGGGAAUGUGCCUCGCCGUGGGGGGAACCAUACAAGCCUCCCAAGCUACCACAGAAGCGUAGAAUUCGCUGGAGGGCUCAGAACUCGUACAAGACUAUCUCAAGCGCACCUCUGAGAGGACCCUACGGUUUCAGCGAUAUGUCCGAUUUUUCGAACCCUAGCGACUCGAACUCGAGUCUGCGUUGGCACUAGCGAUUUUCAGUGUACUUAAAAAAAAUUGGUUCGUUACAUAGAAGAAAUGGUGAGACAUUGGCA